UCGCCAUGCGAAGUUAAGUUACAGAGAGAAAGGGGUGAGAACUGGGGCGCAUCCUCCCUAACGCUGCUCCCUCACGGCGAGCUACGCAGAGUUUAGCGUGGAAGUUGCUAGAACAAUGCGCGCAGCGAGAGCACGCUGACUCACAGGGCAGUAAAACUCCACAACGGGGAACGUGUGACAACCACUCACUGCGUACCCUCAGCAGAUUUCAAACACUUCACUAUGGCAGAAGGGGAACCCCAAGUUCAAUUUAAGCUGGUGUUGGUGGGCGAUGGGGGCACGGGGAAGACCACCUUUGUGAAGAGACAUUUAACUGGAGAGUUUGAGAAGAAAUAUGUAGCCACCCUGGGGGUGGAGGUGCACCCCCUGGUCUUCCACACCAACAGGGGGGCCAUCAAGUUCAACGUGUGGGACACGGCCGGCCAGGAGAAGUUUGGGGGGCUGAGAGACGGUUACUACAUUCAGGCGCAGUGUGCGAUCAUCAUGUUUGACGUGACCUCCAGGGUGACCUACAAGAACGUGCCCAACUGGCACCGCGACCUGGUGCGUGUGUGCGAGAACAUUCCCAUAGUGCUCUGCGGCAACAAGGUGGACAUCAAGGACCGCAAGGUCAAGGCCAAAAACAUUGUCUUCCACCGCAAGAAGAACCUGCAGUACUACGACAUUUCCGCCAAGAGCAACUAUAACUUUGAGAAGCCCUUCCUGUGGCUGGCGCGGAAGCUGAUCGGAGACCCCAACCUGGAGUUUGUGGCCAUGCCCGCCCUGGCCCCCCCCGAGGUGGCCAUGGACCCCUCCCUUGCUGCGCAGUACGAGAUCGACCUGAAAUUGGCUUCACAAACGGCACUCCCAGAUGAAGACGAUGACCUUUAACCUGUAACAUGCUUCGAUAUGUGCCCUGCAGUGAGAGACUGGUCAAAACAUGGCUUUGACCUGUAACCUUUUGCUGUACUUUUUAUGUUUAAUAUUUUUCCUGUUUCUUUGUUUUAUUUAAUUUUAAAUGUUUUUUUUUUUUUUGUUGGGGGAGAUGAGGUAAGAAAAUGUUAGCAUGCAUUGGGUAAUGCUACACAUUGCUUAAUGUGGGGGGAGGGGGGGGUUGUUUCAUUUUUGGUUUCAAGCUGAAAACAUUUUCAUUAAGGUGCACACGCACGUAGUGCUUUACUGCUACUGAACAGUCUACUUAAUGUGACAAACGCACACAAAUUACAAAAAGACUCCCAGUACAUAUGAACACAGUAUUAUACAGCACCAACGCAAAAAACGUGGAAGCACUUUCACAAAAUCUUUGAAUAAAAAGUGUCUCAAUUGAA